CACACCCUGGCGGCCAGCCCAAGACAGGGCUGGGUCAGGAGGACCUGGGGUUGGCCUUUGCAUAAGGCUCAGGCUGGGCAUAAAGGAGGCUCCUGCAGGUUGGAGGAGGCAGUCUUGGGGACCAUGCAGACCCAGAGAGAUGGCCCCUCUUUGGGGUGGUGGUCACUGUUGCUGCUGCUGCUGGGCCUGGUAAUGCCUCCAGCCAUUGCCCAGACUCUCAGCUACCAGGAAGCUGUGCUCCGUGCAGUGGAUGGCUUCAACCAGCAGUCCUCAGAUGCCAACCUCUACCGCCUCCUGAGCCUGGACUCCCAGUCCCCGGGGGAUGAGGACCCAGAUACCCCAAAUCCUGUGAGCUUCAGAGUGAAGGAGACAGUAUGUCCCAAGACAACUCAGCAGAACUUGGAGCAGUGUGACUUCAAGGAGGACGGGCUGGUGAAGCGAUGUGUGGGGACAGUCACUCUGAACCCAGCCAGGGACUCUUUCAACAUCAACUGUGAUGGGGCCCAGCGUUUCAAGAAAACUUCCCGGCUGAGUAGGCUUCUCCAAAGAGGUGGACAGAAGAUUGGUGAAAAACUUGAGAAGAUUGGCAGGAAAAUCAAGGAUUUCUUUCAGAGUCUUAUGCCCGGGUCAGAGUCCUAGGGUCUUUCCCACUCUGCCUCCGGACUCCGAAAAAUAAACUCUGUGAA